AUGCCACUGGACACCAUCUAUCUCACUCGCCAUGGGCACCGGCUCAGUUGGACAAUAGACCUCCGCACAGGCAUCUACAAAUCACAAUUUCCAACACCAACAGGGAAUCCAGCCGAUCCAGUACUGACAUCACAUGGUGUACAGCAAUCUCAUGAACUUGCGGAGCAUAUAGCUGGUCCUGACUUCCACCCAAAGCCCUUUCGCAUCUAUUCUAGUCCAUUCUUUCGAUGUCUUCAAACAAUACAGCCCACAGUUGAGGAGCUAAAGAGGAAACAACAAGUUCCAACCCCCCUGGAAAGUCAAAAUAAUACAUACGGAUCCAUUGAUAAGGAUGCAACUUUGGAUGUUAGAAUUGAAAAUGGGCUGGGAGAAUGGUUUGGCUCAACGAGCUUCUUUUACCAUCCGCCUCAUCCAACAACAAACACAAUGCUUACACACUUCCCAACGUUGAUUCCUCAAAACCCAGAAUCAAAAUAUACCCCAAUACUCCGGCCCUCUAGAAAAGGCGAGACAAUCGCUCAACUGCACGACCGCAUCGCCACUGUUCUAGAUGGGAUAAUUACCGAUCUGGAUACAGAAAUAACAGCCCUGGAAUCAGCCCUUCCGCCCGAACAACGCCCCAGCAAAUCAGUGCUGAUCUGCGCACAUGCGGCGCCACUGAUUGCCAUGGGCCGUGCCUUAACGGGCAUCAUGCCCCCGGACAGCUCUGAAGAAGACUUUCUUGUUUUCACGGCUGGGCUAAGCACGUUUCGGCGAAGAAAUCACAGAGUUUCUAGAUCUAGUAGCGCAGAACUUGGCGAUUGUGGGCAAGUUCUGGCAGAAGAGACAGAGCUCAUUCGUGCUAAGCGGACUCCGGAUUGGAAAGGCGGACGUGGUGUUGGAGGUGGAUGGGAUUGCGUUGCUAAUGGGGACUGUAGCUUUUUGAGCCAAGGUGCUGAACGUGGAUGGCACUUCAAUGGCGAAGAAGCUUUCAAUACGGGUCCUAUGGCACCACCAUCGGAGCUAUCUGCUUUUUCAGAGGCGAGUAGACCUGGCACAAAGCUUUGA